AUGCUGGCCCCCGAGGUUCAACAUAAGACGCUCAAUGCCACUUUCAGGGGCUGCGAGAGCAAUGAAGAAGGAGCUAUUGUUCACAAAUUCUUAGGCAUCAAAUAUGCCAGUGUACCAGCACGUUUCGAGAGAGCGGUGCCGGUAGAUACUUUUGCUGGAGCCAUUGUAGACGCUACGAAAUAUGGACCCAGAUGUCCUCAGGUCGACGUGGAUGUCCGUCAUUUACUGCGCAUUCCUGAGGACUUUGCUAUUGCCCCAGAGGCAGAGGAUGAAUUGGAAUGCUUGAAUCUCGAGAUCACUUGCCCUCCAGUGUCCCCGGAGACUGAGGCCCUCCCAGUGCUUGUUUGGAUUCAUGGUGGCUCUCAGGUCGUCACUUUCUGCUCGGCUCAAUCCAAUAUUUGUGAUCCAACAAAGAUUGUGGCCGACUCUAUCAAAGCAUCAAAGCCAAUCAUCUUUGUAUCAAUCAACUAUCGCCUCAACAUUUUUAGCUUCGGAGACGGCACGGAAAGGAACCUGGCUCUCAAGGAUCAGCAGCUUGGCAUCGACUGGGUGCGGAAGAAUAUCACCUCUUUCGGCGGCGAUCCUCACAACAUCACACUCUCUGGGGAGAGUGCCGGUGCAAUUUAUACUCAUGCGCAUCUCAUCACGGGACCGCCCGUAAAACGAGCCAUUCUUGCAUCUGGGACUCUGUAUUUGUCUUCACCACUACCCGUGGAGCGAGGUAACGGCCUGAUUAAGGUCCUUGAAGCAAAGGUGCAGGAGCUAGGCCAGUCCUCACUUCGAGAAUCAUCUGUUCCAGUCCUGAUCCAAGCAUUGAAGGACUGUAAUGUCAAUACAAUGUGGAUUCAGGAAGAGCCUGAUCUAAAUGAUUGGGAGACUAAAGAGGAGCAAGUGGAUGAGCUUAUGAUUGGGGAUACGGAAUAUGAGUCCGUGAUCUGGCGUAACGGUGUUGAGCUUUUGAAUGGUGAGACAAUCGCCGCGGCUUUUGACAGCGACAAGCAGUGGGGCACCAAGCUUCGCAAGUUAUAUCAAGUCGUGGCCGAUCGUCCUACAGCUGCAAAGCUCGGGGCUCUAGAUCUCGUCAACGAUGCUCGAUAUACCUUGCCCGUCGAGCUUGUUUCUAAAAAGCUCCAGGCAGCCAACAAGAGAGUCUACAAGUAUGUCGUUGACCAGUCCAAUCCCUGGCAGCCAUCCAGCCGAUCCCAUCAUGCAGUGGAUCUUCUAUUCCUGUUUGAGGGCGUCGAUCUGUCUUUCAAUCCUGCUGCCCAACUUGUUGGACAAGAAAUGCGCAAUCGCUGGAUCAAUUUUGUGUCCGGUGAAAGCCCUUGGUCUGAUGAGCACCGCUAUGCAUAUGGUCCUCUUGGAGAAUGCAAGGAGAUCGACGAGGCGCAGUUUUCUGCGCGACGACGAGUUGAGCACUGUAAGGUGCUUCAAGAGGCAGGCAUUGCCAGCUAUAUGCCCAUUAUCGCUUCGUUGACUGCCGGGCGUAUUAGCCUGCUCAACUAG